UCUAGCGAAAGCAAAUCGGGACCGACUUUAUUUUAGUAACGAGUGACGCAAUCUUGUACAGAAAAGCGUCCAAAGAUGUUGAUUGGUUGAUAGUUUGACAUACCGGUCUACGUAGCCUACACGGAGCGGUUUUCUAAAGAUUCUGAUCCGGAAAGGGGUCAGUUUGAAGUAUGUUAAAAAACAAAAGCAAGCUACAUUUUGUUCAUUUUCAAGACUGGCGGUUAGGGGAAAGUAUCGACAUCUUUUCCUCACUCGGUUUGCCCACAGAGAAAGGACACGGUUUGCCAAAUGACGCUCGCCAACUUCAAUUCCGGAGUUCAGAGGAUGCUGCCUUGUAUUAUUGGUCAUACGUCAACGAAUUAAUAUGCAAGCAUAAUGUUAGAAACUGAGCGAGUAUUCUGUUUCAUAGAUUAAUCAGAUUAAUGUCACAGACUAAUCUCAGGAAACGCAGGUGUGGUAAAGAUUUGUAGUAGGCCCUAUAGUAUAGGUAACUAUAGCCAUAAAACGAUGCAUGUGCUUUUCAUGUGCAGUUGAGGUCACGCGCACCUACAGAAGUGCAACUUCCCACGUAUCCAAUGAGAACGCAACGAAACAGCGAAACAAGGUUAGCAACAAGCGUGCCAGUGACAGUGCACGCCGCAUCAUGCCGACUGGCGCUGUGGUUCAAAUCAAUGCCAUCAUUCGCGGUAUGGGCAUCUGCGCUACGGAUACGAGAAGCAACUGUGCAACAUUACAGCAUUCAAUUCUACUAACGAUACGGCAGUAUGAGAAACCCGUGUAGAGCGACGCAGAUAUGUACGGCCUUUCUGUGUGUGCUGUCGGCUGUCAGGUACACUGUAGAAGGAACAAACACAACGGCCGUAUUGAACAACAUCCUAAAUGGAUAUGACAAGCGACUACGACCAAAUGACACAGGUCCACCUGUUAGAAUCAAGAUCGUUGUUUACAUCGAAAGCAUGGAAGGCAUUCGAGAAUCCACCAUGGAUUUUUCGGUCACCAUGUAUCUCCGCAUGUUUUGGCGAGACCCCCGACUCUCCUUCGAGGGGGACCAGACGAUCAUCUUCAAGAGCGGGGACAUGGACAAUGUAUGGAUCCCAGACGUCGUCUUCUUGUACGAGAAGCAAUCAAAGGUCCACUCCGUCACCCAGAUGAACAGGCUGCUCCGCGUGGACCCCGACGGUAGCGUGGCCUAUAGCUCCAGGGUCAGCGCUACGCUUGCGUGCAACAUGAUGCUACAGCGGUUUCCAAUGGAUUCCCAAAAGUGCACGAUUGUCAUGAGCAGCUACGCUUACAGCACCCGAGAUGUGAUGCUGUAUCUUGAGGAGGACUCCAUUCAGAUCGAGCCUGGUAUCACCAUAUCCAAAUUCUCUCUGACUGGUUCGGAUAUUGCAAAUGCAGAAGUACCUUACUUACUUGGUAACUACAGCACACCCAAGUGUCACUUUUACUUCAUGCGUCAGAUGGAGUCGUUCUUCCUAACCGUGUACAUUCCCACCGUGUUGCUGGUUAGCAUCGCAUGGCUGUCGUUCUGGAUCGACGCCAAAGCAGCGCCCGCGCGCGUCGCUCUGGGGAUAACCACGGUUCUGACUGUGACUACCAUGACGGCUGGCAUACAGGACACCCUACCGGUUGUUACCUACGCAAAGGCAAUCGACAUUUGGCUGGCCGUGUGUCUCCUUUUCGUGUUCUUCUCUUUGCUGGAGUAUGGAAUGGCCAACUACCUCCUCGUCGUGCAGACAAGACGAGAGAAGAAAAAGGCUCGCGACAUCGAACAGUCUCCGAGUAAAGAGGGAGAGCGGGAUCCGGCGAUCACGAGCGUGGAAGGCGGCGAUUGCUGCCGUCAACGACCCCAGCUAUGGACGGCUCAUCGGCUGGACUGCUUGGCCCGUUGGAGCUAUCCCGCGGUCUUUAUCAUGUUCAACGUGUUCUACUGGGUCUAUUUCCUCGUGUUUUGAUGCAUAAAACGGCUCUUUUAUGUCGGCUGCUGAGGAUUGCAGCAGCAUGGGAAAAAAUGCAAUAAAAGUGUGAGCAAUGGUUCGGCGCCCUUGACUUCAUACUUUGGUGUCCUUGGUGCGAAUCCCACUAGAGGAUACAGCAUGAAUCGGAUUGUAUUGCAGUUCAUGCCAACUUGUUGGACUUGUUAUACCUCAACUGCCUAAAUUGUCAAGUUUGCUAAUAAUGUAGCUUGAACUCUAAAACGUAGUAGAUAACUUUCUUUGUUGUAAGGGCAACUUACAAUUUUCUUCUAAAAUGUAGUAGUUCGAAUUGUUGUAUAUGAAUAUGUGUGUGAUGGAUGGAGUUUGUGUGCGACAGGGAACGGUGGAUCAACCGAGA